AUACUUGGGCGACAGCAGAAAGUGUGGUGUUUCGCUGUGCGUAUCGCAAAAUUGCUUUUUAUCGCGGAAAAUUGGAGUAAAACCCCCAAAAUUCCCAGUGUUUCCAUCUAAAACGCGAGUGUCUGCCAGGACACACUGGGGGAAGUUGAAAAAACGCCGUGUGCAAAGGUAUUUGGGGCGCUGCGGAGGGUUGAAAAAAUCCCUUUGAGCGAGAGUGAGGUUAGAGUGAGGCGAAUUCGCGAGACCCCCUUUGUCGGCUCUCUGCUUGUGGCGCAUUUCGCCAGGCACUAUGGCAUCGCCGACGGAACAGGACAACGCACUUCUGGGCAGGGAUCUCCACUUGAUCUUUCGCCUCUGGGAGGACACACACACCAGUCCGGGCUUUGAUCCGUCGCCAAUUCUGACCAGACUGGCGGAGUUGAUUGAGGAGGAAACGGAAAUAUACAUGCAGAAGGAUCCGGAUCCCUUCGAUGAGCGUCAUCCCUCGCGCACAGAUCCGGACUGUGAGCUUGGACGAAUGCUGAAGCUGCUCUUCCGCAAAGACAACUUCAUGACCAGGCUGAUGAACGACUACUUCCGCGAUAACUUUUUCACGCGACAGAACAUUCCCAAGAGUUCCAUGGAGCUCAAUGUGGCGGCUUGUCGGCUGAUUCUCGUGAUAAUGCCCGGCCUAGAGACGUCAGUUGUGUUCCAGCGUGAGCACGACUACCUCAUUCACCGCCUGUACACGUGGGCGGAGAACAGCUCAGAGCCACUGCAGAGCUACGCCACGGGACUGUUGGCAGCGUCGAUGGAAGUGCAGGAGACUGCCACAGGAUUUCGUGAUCAGAACACACACUUGUUGCCAAUUAUGCUGAAGCGUCUGCACACCCUCCAGGCGGCCAAGGUGGUCUACCAGUAUCCCAAGGUAACUGCCAUCGAGAACACCUCGUCGACUACCAAUCUGCAGAUUCACGACGACACGGCCAUGGACACAGAUGGGCUGUCCGAUGGGCACUUGGGUGGCGGAUCGGCGCCCACGAGCCCCGAAGCUGUCAAAGCCACAUCUAGUCCCAACAUCCCCAAUGGCAGCAUCUCAAAGUUCCGCAACACCGUCAAUCUCAACACACUGCUGCACAAUGAGCUGAGCACGAGCAACACGGAGAACAAGUUUCACGUGCGCAACACAAUACCCAUCCAUCCGCCCACCACGGCCACCAGUCAAAUGCUGAUCCUGCGCUAUCUGGCCUCCAUGGGUGAGUAUCAGGAGUUCCUGGGGCAGGUGUUCGAGAACAACGCCAUGCAGCUCAUCUUCAAGUACAUCGAGAAGCUGGACCCCAAAGAGACUUGUCUGGCCUUUGAGGCCCUCAAGUAUCUCGCCUCUCUGCUGUGCCACAAGAAGUUCUCAAUUGAGUUUGUCGCCAAUGGUGGUCUCCAGAGACUCCUGCAAGUUCCUCGGCCGAGCAUCGCCGCCACGGGAGUGUCUAUUGCGCUGUACUAUCUGGCCUACUGUGAGGAUGCCAUGGAGAGGAUCUGUCUGAUGUCACCCAAAUUGAUAUCUGAGCUCGUGACGUACGCUCUCUGGCUCCUGGGCUGCUCACACGACUCAGGCCGAUGCCAUGCCACGAUGUUCUUCGGGCUGUCGUUCCAGUUCAAGGCAAUCCUCGAUGAAUUUGACAGCCAAGAUGGUCUGAGGAAGCUCUACAAUGUCAUCUCAGUGCUGCCGAUUCUGUCCAGCACCGACGAGGCCAAUCUCAACGAUGAUGAGGAGUGUGCAGCUCGCCAGCUGGUACGCCAUGUGUGCGUGUCUCUCAAGAAGUACAUGGAGAGUCACCUCUACUUCAAAUACGCUCAAGUCACCAGGCAACAGUCGCCAUCCAACACAUACGGCAUGCAGCCACAGUUUCGCGCCCCCAAGUGCAAUCCCGAAGCCAUCAGUGAUCAAGUGCGGCUGCUGCAGGAGAUGCUGCCGGUGCGAGCUCACUGGGCGCCCGUGGACAAGUUGCUAGACUACGGCGGAGUGACAAUUCUGCUGAGGAUCAUCGCUCUGACUUACGAGUGGAACUACAGCGGCCGUUUCGAAACUUGUAGGGCCGAGACUGUGCGUUCUGCGCUGGAUGCGCUGUCGAUUUGCUGUGUGAUGCCAAAGGUGCACCAGGUGUUCUGUGAACGCCUAGAGUUGCCAGACGACGCAUCGACAGCCGGCAUGAAUGUGAUCCUGGGAGCGGCUGAAGGGGAAAUUGUCGCUGAUGCGGAAGUGCAGAAGUCUGCUCUGGCGGUUCUCGUGCAUUGCGUCUGUGCGCCGAUCCAUAGGCCUAGUGGAAUGGUGAUAAGAUUUGGGUCGGCAAAGAAGAAGUCAUCGGUGAAUAAGAUCUCGGAGGAGAUUAUUCAGGCGAUCUGGGAGUGUGUUCGCAGCACCAAUGGCAUAAUCGUCCUGCUGUCACUCAUGCAAAUCAAAACACCUAUCACAGAUGCGGACUGUAUUCGGGGAAUGGCGUGCAGAGCUCUGGCAGGCUUGGCGCGGUCUGACACAGUGAGGCAGAUCAUCAGCAAGCUGCCUUUAUUUGCCAAUGGACAACUACAGGGACUCAUGAGGGAUCCGAUUCUACAGGAGAAGCGAACGGAGCAUGUGCAGUUUCAGAAGUACGCACUGGAACUGAUGGAGCGACUGUCGGGGAAGACGAAGACCAACAAUAGUCAGUUUGAUGCGUCUCUGGCGAACAUACACAAGGCAAAUGUGGUGGCGCAGACAAAGAUUCAAUUCAAUGAGAACCAGCUGUAUCAGCUCAUUCAUCAGCAUCUGCUGUCGCGAGGUCUCAAUGAUGCGGCGACAACACUGCAAAGAGAGGCCGGACUGUUGACGGUGAAUAGUCAGCAACAGAGAUCGAUGCUGCAUCUCUCGCCGUACAGCUUUAGGUCGCCCAGUUCGGUGCAUCUGUCCAGGAGUCGAUUGAGGAGUAACAAGAAUAGUGAUGUGAGUGGCAAUGUCUCAGCUCUGCAGACUAGUGGCUCUUUCACCAACAUUGAGUCACUGCAGGGAACAGUGGCGAAUCAGAGUGGUCUGAAUGGGAAGAUGGAUGUGGAUGAUUCCUUUGUCAGCUCCAGCACACCUAUUAAACUGAUAAAGAAGUUGCCAACAGCAAACAAUUCGACAAGUGCAAGCAACAAUAAGGAUACGCCGGGAACGAAUCAGAGAUCUCUGCAGAAGCAGAUCAGCUCAUCGGAUUCAUUCAGUGUGUCGACCAAUCAAAGGGAGAUUAGUAGCUAUUCGCCACCAAAUACCAUAACACUGGAGACAAUAAUCACGGAGUAUUUGACAAAUCAGCAUGCUCUGUGCAAGAAUCCCAUGUCCACGUGUCCGCAGUUUGAUCUGUUUGUGCCGCACAAGUGUCCCGAUCCGCGACCCAACAAAAUCUCCGGAAUGUGCCUCAAUUUUGCCGAUCGCUUCUUCAGACGACACGCCGGCUUCAACUCAAAACGACUGGAUAGGCGUCUUGUGCACUCGAAUUUCUGCACAACACGCACGCUGAGACCUCAGGAGCCGGACGCAUUCUUCUCCAGCUGUGACUUCUCACCGUGCUCGUCCAACAUCAUUGUGGGUUGCUUCAAUGGGGAGGUGAAGGUGUACAAUAUCAAUGACAACAGCGAGGAGUUCUCCUAUGCGUGUCACGACACGAAUGUGAGCAGCGUGAAGUGCAGUCGCGACGGCAAGUUCCUACUCACAUCGUCGCAGUGGCAAUCGCCGCCCUUCAAUUCCAAUCUGUGGUGCCUGGAGAAUCGCCAGUUCGAGUGCAAGUGGUCAGCAAUGGAUGAGGAGUACGGAGAGUUCAGCAAUGUGACACAGGAUAAAGUUUUGUGCACGAAAGCUGAAGUGGCGACAAUCUAUGAUCUGCAUACGGGCGACAAUGUGUCCACAUUUGUGCCAAGAGUCUUCAAUCAGUACACACGCAACAGAGCCACCUUCUGUCCUACGGAUGAGCUCAUCCUGUCCGAUGGUGUGCUGUGGGAUGUGCGCAGUCGCGUGGAGAUUCACAAGUUCGAUAAGCUCAAUCAGACGCUGUCUGGGGUGUUUCAUCCGAAUGGUCUCGAGGUGGUGUCCAACACCGAAGUCUGGGACCUCAGGACGUUCCAUCUGCUGCGGACUGUGCCGAGUCUUGACCAGUGCCACGCUAUCUUCUCACCGCAGAACGUCAUCUAUGCGAUCAGCGUGGAACAGGACUCGAGAUUGGAUGAUAACUACGGAUUUGAGUCGAGCUUUAAGACACUGGAUUGCUAUGAUUACACAAGUAUUGCGACUGUCGAUGUUAAGCGGAAUAUUCACGAUCUUGCGGUGAACAAAUACGGCAGCACGAUUGCAAUUGUCGAGAACAACGGUGAUUACGAUUCAGUGCAAGAGUCUGUAGUUCGGCUGUACAAUGUGGGCCGCAAGAAGAAUGUGGAGGACGAGGUUGAGGAUGAAGAUGAGGAAUCGGAGGGUUCAGAAGAAGGGACAAUAUCUGACACAGAUUCCGUCCAAGCCUUCCUGCGAGACAACGGGCGGGACAGAGGCGAGAAUGACAAUGGCGAGGGCGGCAAUAAUGAUGGUGAUCGACGCCAACGCAAUCGGCGACGUAGAAUGCGUCAGCACGGCAGGAGGAAUUUCAUGAGGAUUCUCGGCCUCUCGCCACAGAGCACGUCGAGCAGCGACGACACGGGCAGUGAGUUCUCGGUCAUGUCGGGCUCCAUGAACAACGAUGAGCAGGAGGAUGAGGCUGGGCAGGCGAAUCAGGCCGAUGAGCUGGAGGAUCUGUUUGUGCCGGAGCAAGAUGAUGAUUCGUGGACGAGUGUGUCGGAUUAAGGACUCUAUUGGAAUACUUUUAUUUUAGGAUUGUUUUAUCACUUUUCAAGUGGACACUCUGCAAAUUUUGUACAUACCUAUAUUCUCUGAGCAGUGAGAUUUUUGAGAAGAGGAACUUAUUUGUAAUUCAGAGGUCAACAGAAGGAGGAGAGAUUUUUUUGGUCUGUGACUCAAUUUCCAAGAAUGUCGAGACAUCAAUAAAAAUCUAUGUAAGUGAAUGAUAAUUAAAAAUUGAUUAUAUUUUUGAAAGAAUGGUGAGAAUGGUUCGUAUUUCGUUGAC